UGGGGAGGGCCUCAUCAUCGUGAUGAGAGAGUCAGAUUAAGCAGCCAUAUUAGCUAGCUUUGGUAAAGCUAUGGAAGAAAAGGCAUCGAGGAGCUUCUACGGUGGCUCUCUUAUUGUGCCUAGUGUUCAAGAAUUGGCCAAGAAGCCUGUAAUCACCAUCCCACCCAGAUACAUACAGCCUCAUCAUCACCAUCACCAGCAAGAUCAAGUGAUAUUCAACUCUGAUUCAGAAAUACCAUUCAUUGACAUGCACAAGUUGCUUUCUCAAUACUCAAUUGAUUCUGAAUCUGAGUUAGCUAAGCUCCAUUUUGCUUGCAAAGAGUGGGGUUUCUUUCAGUUGGUAAACCAUGGAGUGAGCUCUUCCUUGAUGGAGAAAAUAAAGACAGAAGUUCAAGACUUCUUCAACCUUCCCAUGGAAGUGAAGAAAAAGUUUUGGCAAUCCCCAGGAGACGUGGAAGGUUUUGGACAAGCCUUUGUAGUUUCAGAAGACCAAAAGCUCGAUUGGGCUGACCUUUUCUUCAUGACCACCCUUCCAGUUCAAAUAAGGAGGCCUCGUCUGUUCCCAAACCUCCCUUCUCCUUUCAGAGAGACCUUAGAUGAUUACUCAUUGGAGCUGAGGAACCUAGCCAUGACUAUCCUAUCCCAAAUCGAAACUGCUUUACAAAUGGAAGACAAGGAAAUGACCAAGUUGUAUGAAGAUGGAAUGCAAUCAAUGAGGAUGAACUAUUACCCUCCAUGUCCUCAUCCAGGGGAAGUCAUUGGUCUUACACCUCAUUCUGAUAGUGUAGGUCUCACCAUCCUCCUACAAGUCAAUGAAAUGGAUGGUCUCCAAGUGAAGAAAGAUGGGAUUUGGGUUCCUGUUAAACCACUACCAGAUGCCUUUAUUGUCAACGUUGGAGACAUUUUAGAGAUUCAAACAAAUGGUGUUUAUCGCAGCAUUGAGCAUCGGGCAACAGUUAACUCUGUGAAAGAAAGGCUCUCGAUCGCUACAUUUUACAACCCGGGAUUUGGUGGUGAAAUUGGUCCAGUUCCUAGCUUGGUCACUGAGCAAACACCUGCAGCAUAUACAAGGAUGGGAGUUGAAGAUUAUUUCAAAGCCUAUUUAAAACGUAAGCUUCAAGGAAAGUCUUUUCUUGAUGAGCUGAGGAUAAAGUAUUAGAAACUUACUCAAUUCCAUUUAAUUUUCUGAAGAAAUAGAAAGAGGUGUAUUCUUGUAUAAUUAGUAUUGUUUUACUACUGUUAUAAAUUUUCAUCAAAUGAUAAGAAUGUUGUCUUAUCGCCUCAAA